UUUUCAUCUCCUGAUUGAAAUAGGCAGAAUUUGAAAAAGCUGCGGAGGAAGUUAAGAAUCUGAAGUCAAAACCAACAGAUCAAGAAAUGCUGGAGAUCUACAGCCACUACAAACAGGCUACAGUUGGUGAUGUAAAUACAGAACGUCCUGGAAUGCUUGACUUCAAAGGCAAAGCCAAAUGGGAUGCCUGGAAUUCUUUAAAAGGAAUGGGUAAAGAAGAUGCAAUGAAAGCAUAUAUAGCAAAAGUACAAGAACUGAAGGAGAAAUAUGGGAUGCAGUAAAGCCCCACCCGCAUGCCUUAAUGGAAACACGCCUUACUAAUACUGUGUAUAGUGAAAUUAUGUAUUGCACAGCAUGGCCGCGCCAAGCAGUUGGUGCCACUUUGGAAUGAAGAGCUGUGUAAAUCUACUUCUAAUGGUUUAUAAAAUAAAACAAUCAAGUUCAUAAA